AAAUUCCCAACUUAAAAUACUUUUAACCUAAAAGCGCUCUCUCCUCUUCUCUCUCUCUCUCUCCUCCCUCCAUCCCCCGGCCACCGCGGAAAUCCUCCUCUGCCACCGUUUCUCAAUCUUCACGUCCAUCUGUUUGUUUCGCGAGAAAGUUCCUGAGCUGCCAAACCUUCCUUUCCGUUCCCGCGGCUCUGGACAUCUGUCUCCGAGAAUCAAAUUCUCUCGCCGUCGGCUAACAGGCGGUGAGGAUGUCGACUCCUGCAAGGAAGAGACUGAUGAGGGAUUUCAAGAGGUUGCAGCAGGAUCCCCCUGCGGGUAUAAGUGGUGCUCCGCAAGACAACAAUAUUAUGCUUUGGAAUGCUGUUAUAUUUGGGCCUGAUGACACCCCAUGGGAUGGAGGUACGUUUAAGUUGACACUCCAAUUCACAGAGGACUAUCCAAAUAAGCCACCAACAGUGCGUUUUGUUUCUCGAAUGUUUCAUCCAAAUAUUUAUGCGGAUGGAAGCAUUUGUUUGGACAUCCUACAGAAUCAGUGGAGCCCUAUCUAUGAUGUAGCAGCUAUACUUACCUCUAUUCAGUCUUUGCUGUGUGAUCCAAACCCAAACUCUCCAGCAAAUUCAGAAGCUGCACGGAUGUUUAGCGAGAACAAGCGUGAAUACAAUAGGAGAGUCCGCGAGAUUGUUGAGCAGAGUUGGACUGCCGAUUAACAAGCUAACUCCUGAUGGAGAGCUUUCGAAAAUCAGUUGAAUCAACCUCUGUUUAAAUAACUUUGAAACUUGAAAACCAUUUGUGUUGUGAAGGACUCGACUUUCGGGUUGGGGUGUGAUAUCCACACAUCCCAUUUUACUUCUCACACACCUUUUUAAUUUUCGGCCGUCGGAUCGGAUGAAUUGAAGAAGAUCAACGGACAAAAAUUAUCAAGGGGUGGAUGAGAAGUAAAAUAGAAUGUGUGGAUAGCAUAUUCUUUCGGGUAUUGUGAAAUAUUUUGCUUGGUCUAUUUAUUCAGCGGCGUUUAGGCCUCGUAUAUCUAGGCCUCGUAUAUCUAAUAUGUCGGACGACCUGCCCUGCAGUUUUCUUCCAUCUAAAACUGCAUUUAAUUUUGUUUUAUGAUAUUGUGUAGUUUGGGGCAAGGACCGAACGAAACUGAUAUGCAACUGUUGUAUGCAUUAGCCUGUCACAUCA